CGACCGGAAGCAGCCAUCUUAGGCUCAGCUGAGGCACUAGUGACCCUCCCGUCUGUCGCUCCUCCCGUCUCUCUCGCUCCUCCCGUCCUCGCCACGCCACCAUGACUCCCUAGUGCCACCCGUCACACUCCUCCUGGCAUGAAGUGGCUCCAGUUAGGUGCGAUUCGGGUGUGAAAUUUGGGGUGACAGGAGAGGCUGAAAAGUGGUGGGACGGCACCCCCAUCAUCAUCCCUGCCCCCCCUGUCUUGACCACGAAUGAGAGUCCGUCCUGUCUGAUUGACGGUCAAGCGAUCGCUAUGGGACCUGUCAAUCUAUGAGUGCCGCCAAACGUUGCCUCUCGGUUGUCUGAGAUUCGCGGGCAAGAUGAAGAAGCUGUUUCAGAGGAUAGACCAGUCAAACAAGGACCAGAGCCACACCAGCUUCCUGGGCAAGGUGUUCGUGGUGGGGCGCCACACUGUCACCGUCGAGGAGGUCAUAGCUGAGGGAGGGUUUGCCUUAGUAUUCUUGGUCAAGGGCAGUGGAGGAGUUCGAUUUGCACUCAAGCGCCUGUAUGUCAACAACGAACAUGACCUGGAGGUGGCCCGCAAUGAAAUCAACAUUGCUAAAAUGCUUAACGGUCCAAGAACUGUCGUGGGCUAUGUUGACUCUGGUGUCACGCACAUUGGAAGUGGUGUCUACGAAGUUCUUCUCCUUAUGACGUACUGUAGAAAACAUCUCCUCCACCUAAUGAAUGAUAGGAUCAACUCAGGCUUGACUGAGGCAGAGGUCCUCAAAAUUUUCUGUGAUGUUUGUGAUUCAGUGUCGAGGCUGCAUCACGUCAACCCCCCAAUCAUCCAUAGAGAUUUAAAGGUUGAAAAUAUCCUAAUUAGUAGUGAAGGUAACUAUGUUUUGUGUGACUUUGGUUCUGCCACGGCGCGGGUGUUAUGUGGCACUACUGAUGGCAUAUCGAGAGUCGAGGAGGAAAUUCAGCGGUACACAACCCUGGCGUACCGUGCUCCAGAGAUGAUCGACUUGUACCUUGGCCGGCCCAUUACCACGAAGUCAGAUAUAUGGGCCUUGGGAUGCAUGUUAUACAAGCUUUGUUUUUUUACAUUACCAUUUGCCGAGAGUCCGCUGGCUAUCUCUUCAGGGAACUUCACUAUUCCGGAUAAUGCCAGAUUCUCCAAACACUUACAAGCACUUAUACGCUACAUGUUGGACCCAGACCCCGAUACACGGCCGGACAUCUACCAGGUUGCCAGUCUGACUUUUAAGCUGGCUGGGAGAGAGUGUCCCGUAAGAAAUGUCAAUAAUGUGACCGUGCCAUCUCUGGACCAUCUGUGUCAAGUUGUGAGUGAGAGAGAGCAGCAGUCAUCAGUGAAGUUGAACCGUAUAGCUCCUGGACCUGUGAUAGAGAGUACUUCGGUUGCUCCCCGGCAACGACCAAAGGCUUCUCAACACCCACCUUCCCUUACUGCUACUGCAGGUGCUCUUCCAUUGGGUUUACCACUUCAGAACACACAAGCCUUGAAGAGAAAUCUUGCUGUAUCAGUAAGUGAAAGUGGUAACACCCAACAGCAGACUCAGCCUCAGCACCUGUUAACACAGCAGCAACAGCAGCCCCAGCAGCAGCCCCAGCAGCAACAGCUUCAGCAACACAGUCAGGCACAGCAACAGCCAUCUCAAUCUGUAGUUGAAUUGAGUCCCACCAAUGCUUUCCCGCCUGCUGCUUUAUUUGGGUCUGAUACUUUCCCUCCUGCGCAGCAGUCAUUCCCUACUAGUCAGUUUGGGUCAUCAGCAGGAGGCGGGAGUACGGCAGCGGGCACAGGCAGCACUCACCCAGCUGGUCUGAGCACUCAGCCAGGCUCAGGAUCAAUGGAAGCAUUUUUCCCACCCUCAGGCUAUCCAGAUCCAUUUCGGGAAGGUGACGCCGAGUUGGCAGCAUGUGGAACCCACUCCAUGAGCGGCAGUGUUGAGGGCUUAUUCUUGCCCCCUGCAGGCAGCAUCGGCAGCGGACCCCAAAGUCUGUCCCUGAGCCAGGGGUCCAUUGGAGGUGGUGUCGGGGCACUACCAGCGACUACUGGCUUGGGUCCUGGAGGACUGGGUACUACAGGUGGGCUAGUGAAGUAUGAGAGUGACACCACUAGCCUCAGCCACCAUCACCAGCAUCAUCUUCCUGCUCAAAUCUCUCCCACGCUUCCUCAACACCCACGGGUACAUAGACGGAAUGUUUCCGAUACUUCAGCUUUCAACAAGACAUUUGCUAAUGAGACAACACAGUUCCUUGCCCCCUUCGAGGCUUCAGUCAGGACUACAGAAAGAGAAAGUGGACCAACGAGCAUCCUGCAGUCCGAGGAUGGAUCACAGGAGGGCCUAGUCACCUCAGAAGUGAGCUUGGCUGCUGCUGAAGUUCGUACAUGGAAUCCUUUCAAUGACACAACUCCCUUCAGUCAAAUGUCCGAGGAUCACAUCUUCGGGGCAGAGUUCGACAAAAUUCGAAGAGGAUCUCAGAGUAGCAUAUCAAAUGUGAAAAGUCGAGAGAGUUUAGUGAUGUCAACUGAAGACGAUCCAUUUGGCGCUGCCCCAUUUAAUGCCCCCGAAAUAGGGUGGUUCAGGCGCAGAGCUGCUCCUCGUCCUACUCGCUCGUGUCCUCAACUUGCAUUCAGUUCCCGCCGGACAAAAAUAUCUUCCAAAGGUGGAAAUGAAUUGCAGAUGAACAGCAGUGAAGAUAUCGUUGCCACUCCGAGCGAUGCCACAACUGGAGGAGAUUCAACAAUAACUGUGCUUCCACUUGUGUGUGAGCAGAGUCGUCGUUCCAGUGAGUCGUCUCAGGACUCCCAAGACUCUCAGGAUGCGGCAGCUGACCAGACGGCAGUUGGACCUUCCUCAUUACCAUUUACACGGCCGCCUCUUGAAGACAGAUCUAAAUAUGAGAAGCUGCAAAACACCCACGAUGAGGAGAGCGAAGAGGAAGGCGAGGGUGAUGGGAUUGGCCGGAGUAAAGAUCAGCAACAGACACAACAGAUAUUGAAGGAAACAGCAGAUACCAAGCAAAAGAGACAUCGCCGUGAGAGAAAAAAUAGAGGGAAGAGUAGGAAGGAAGAAGGUGAACCCGGUGGAGUGACAAAGGAUGGUAAACCCGACGGUGUCUUCAUCUGUAGUGUGUCUGACGAUGACUCGAUAGGCUCAGCAAGUGAUUUGAAAGCAAGGAUUAAUGAUGAAUAUGAUUAUGAUAACUGUGACCGAGGUGACAUCUCUGAAACCAUAAGUUCAUCGGUGUACCACGCAGAGUGUGAGAGUGUCACAACUCACGAGGAUGAUCCACAGACUGCCGAGAACUGCGACCCUACCCAGUUAAUACGACGUGGACCAAAGCCAAGUAAGGCAGCCAUGCGGGCCCGUGCUCGAGCUCUACAAGAACAGGAGAACAAAAAAUGUGCUCAGGACAGGCUAUUAGGGCACGAGUACGGAGAAAAACCUCUCCUUCAAGACGAUGAACUGGAUUCUGGCGAGGAGGAAAAUAAGCUCUCUGAUGACCAAGAAGAUCCACAUGUAGAGCCACAGCCCUCCCAACAGCCAGACCAACUGACAGUCCGCUCCAAUAUUUUCCAUGUUCCAAGGCCAUUUAGGAAAACUUCACUGGAUGAAUCUCAGAAGCAGCGGGAAUAUGUGGCUGAUGAAGAUGUCUUUGCCUUAGCUCCUUUCAAAACUUCACUGAAGAAGUUGAAUAAAAAAGUCUUUCAGAGCCGUAGUCAGCCAUCAAGCAACACCGUAUCCCCGUUAGAAUCCUCAAGCCAACCAAUUAUAACGCCUCCCAUGGCAAACAAUUCCCCAGCUCCUGUUCAUUUAGGCAGUCCAGAAAUGUUGGAGCAAGUUGUUGAACCUGUUAGAAUACCUGUUCAAGCUGAUAUCAUAUAUGAAGAGUCACCAAGUGAGGAGUUUCCUAUAUAUGAAAAUGUUGUAUUGAAUCCAAGUGGCAGUAGUAUAGAAAAUGGUACAACUCCUCCAAAAUACCACCAUUAUGAGAAUGUUCCCGUUCCCUUCCAUGUAGCUGGAGUUGUUGAAUCCCCUUCACUUGUUACUCCUAUUCCCACUAAAAACCCGUUUGUUAAUCCUUUUGUCAAUGAGAAUCCAAUAGCAGUUGCCCAUCCACAAAUACAAGAUCCACCAGGGCUCUUAUCAAGUCAGUCUGGAAGGUCACCAGCUGUGACAGAACAGACUUUGCCCAGUGCACCACGUAAAAUUCCUCAACCGAAUCAAGGUGCAAUGUCUCAAAGUUUAGAUUCCCUCACUCCAAACUCUGCUGCAGGAUCUGUUAAUUCUCCCUCCUUUCAGAGUACAGAUCUAUUUGGAUCCACACCCUUCAGUGAUGUUACAAUAUCAACAACUCCAUCCAAUGAUACCAAAGAAUUUUCAUCCCACAGUCAAACAGUCUUAAAUGGUGUUUCAAAGUUUGCAAGUUCCAGUCAAUCGCAAUAUUUCAACCAGUCAGAUGUAACCUCUCAUAUUCCCAUGCAUACUUCCACUCCACGCUCUGUCAAAAUCCAUUCUCUUUCUCGAGGGAAAGAGAUGAAUUUGGCCGACUUGGAUGAUGCUGAUUUAUUUGGUGCUGUACCUUUUAAACCAGUUAUAGGUCAUCAACAACGAACAGGCCAAAUACCAGGUGGGAAAAGCCAGACAUUACCAGCUAACAUGAGUUCGUCUCUUCAAGCACAAAUGGCUCUGAUGGCACAUGAUGAUGGCCAUGUGGAAAAGUUUUUUGGUGAUUUCAGAGUUUCCAAAGGACUGAAGAAAUCAACACCCCCUAGUUUCCGCAAACCCAGGGCUACACACCAAAAACUCUCUGAUUCUGACACCUCCAGUGAUGAAGGAGCUGUGACAACCAGUAGAAAACCUCGACAUAGGGAUCGCAGUAAAGACAGAUUAAAAUAUAAAAACAUUAGUGAAGAAUUUGAAGAAGAAAAUAUGAUGGUUCUCCCAAUGAAACAAUUUGGGCAUUCUAAGAAAGAAAAAAUUAGCAAGAAAAGCAAAAAACUUGAGAAAUUAGAAAAGAAAGUUGAUAAACCAGAGAAAAAUCAAAGUUUUGAAUCUGCUGGAAUUUCUAACAUGAGUUUUGAAGACUUUACCUUGGAGGAUAGCCGACGGGAAAUAGAGAGAGUUCGCCGCGAGUUAGAAAGGAACAGACAAGAGACUGAUAGAGGUGGAGAUUCCCUUCAAAGUCCUGAGGAAGAUGAUUCAGAUCUGAGAACCACUGGGGGCACUCGUUUCGGCUCAUUGAAGCGAGGCAUGAACCCUUUCUCUAAAUUAGGACGCUAAGAGUAAUUUUGGUGAUUAAUAAUUUAUCUUCCUAAGUCCACUGAUUUGAAGGAAUAAUGUGUCUCAUACUAUGGUAAAUAAUUUAUAGUAAAUGUUCUGAAAUAUAUAUAAAUGAACCUAACUCUCAAUUCAGGUGAAUACACUGUUGGCAUAAUUCAGCAUCAUAAUACUGUAAUCUUUGAAGUAAAAUAAGAAGAAUUUUGAUACAAAGGAUUUGCUUUUAUAACUUUAAAUUAUUCAUUUUUAGUUCUCUACAAUGGUGUUGGUUAUUGGAGAAUGAGCUGACCAUUGUUAGAUUUUGUGAAGUCCAAUAGUGCUUGACAUCACCACCACCAAUACUGGUAGAACAAUACUGCAUAUCAGAUUUUUAUAUGAAGCUUAAUCGUAAUAUGGAUGUGUUAUAGUGAUGCUUCCCCUCAGUCUCUAGUUAUCUAUUAUUUUGGGUUUGUGCCACCAGCAGAUGAUAAUGUGUUCAUGGAUAGACUGGUGUAACUGAAACAAACCUCUAGAAACACAAAUGCUGAAAUGUUAUCAAACAGUAUUAUUGAAUGAAAAUGUUACUGCAAAAGGUGUAUAACCAUUAGCAGUGAUGCAUAAGAAGCCCAGACUGGCAAUUUUAGCCAAUAUCUACGAAUCUAACGAGUUCAGUGCCACCAAAACUCAAAGGCACAACUCUACAAUGCCAAGAGAAGCUGAGGUUUUCUUGACAUUCAUUGUGAGCUGUUGUUUAUUCAUUUGUGGAACAAUUUUAGUGCAUUGAUAUUAAUUUUGCCAAAUAGUUCCAUGUGACAAGCAUUUUGAUGCUUGACGUGGACUGCUGACCAAUGCAUGUGUGAUCAUAUUAUAUUGUGCCCUGUUGACUGGUGAACGCAUGAGCAUAUUGUACCCUGUUGACUAGGGAAUGCAUGAGCAUAUUGUGCCCUGAUGACUGAUGAAUGCAUGAGCAUAUUGUGCCCUGAUGACUGAUGAAUGCAUGAGCAUAUUGUGCCCCUGUUAACUGAUGAAUGCAUGAGCAUAUAUAUUGGUGCCCUGUUGACUGGUGAAUGCAUGAGCAUAUUGUGCCCUGUUGACUGAUGCAUGCAUGAGUAUUGCACUGCAUCCUGCAGUACAAUUAUCUUUUUCUCAUAAAGAAGGUACAAUAUUUCAUAUAGUUUAUGUAGAUUGGUAGACUGUUUCCUCUUUUCAGGCUGUCCAGCUAGGUGAGCUUUGAACUAUCAUCAUGUACUCUUUAUAUCUCAACUGUUGUAUCAACAAAAAUAUAAUUUGUAUAAUAAUGAAACAAUUCAGUAAUAUGGUUUUAUGUAGCAGGAAUCAGAUUAGUAUGUCACCUCUUAGUAUUUUAUAUAAUAAUAUUAUGUUGAUUUAAAGAAUGUAUGGAAAUUGGUAUUAAUACUUUUAUAUAGAAAAUUGUAUUUAACUUAAUUGUUAAUAGACUCUUGACCAUUGUUGCAGACUGUAUGCAAACUGGACAAGUCUCUUCUCUUGGGUAGCUUCUUAACCCUUGUAAAUUCCAGCUUCUAUUUUUGCAAUUGUCACUUUUAUUAAUGUUUCAUUUGUAAUAUUUAGAUUAGAACUUUGAUGCAUUAUUGAUUUUGAGUCCGUCUCUCGAAAUAGUCCGAGUUAUUGUCGGUUUAAAUAGGAAAUGCUGCAGUACAUUGAUCAAAUAUAUUUUAAUAGGUGAUAAGAGUGCAGUAAAUUAUGGCAGGGGCAUCACCAUAGCAGUGGGACAUCUCUAUUCCAGUGGCACAUCUCUAUUCCAGUGGCACAUCUCUAUUCCAGUGGCACAUCUCCAUAGCGGUGGGACAUCACAAGAGUAGUAAGUGACACCACAGCCCAAGUUCUUGUGGCAUGUUAUCCAACAUUUUUGGGAACUUGUUAAUAGUGAAAGGGUAUAUUUAUACCAACUUAUCCUCCAUUUACAAUGGCACAUGUAACAAUAAUAUGGUAUGUGUAGGUCACUGGCACAUCAAACAGCCCACAAUUGGUCCAAGUUGCAAAAGAUGAAUUGAUAAUUAGGAUGGUGCAUUGGAAAAAAAAUUGAGAAUAGAAAAAGUUUCUUACUUGGCCUAAGCCUAAUUUAAUCUAACAUGGGCCUAAUAUAGUAGCCUACAUAUUUGAACUAUAUUUGGCCUUGAUUGCAUUAGGUUUUCUUCAUUUCUAUAUUACUAUCACUUUUGAAAAUUAAAUUUGUUGAGCAAAUAGCCUGUUGUGGUCAUACUGUACUGUCUUCAUAUGAAGAUGAAUUAAUAGUAUGGAUAGUCAAAACAAAAUCUUGUAGUUUUAAAGUUACCUUGAAUAUUUGUUUAUCCAUGUUAAUACAGUAUUAUAACUGAGAUGAUUGAUAUAAUAUUAAGUAAAUGACACACACACGGUUACAAUUGCAUGUGACUACUGGCUUGACACUUGCUGCUGAAAGUAUUUUGUUUUUGUUUUAUUACUCUACAUUCCAUCAAGUUUUGAAAGACAAACACAUUCCCAAAAGUUUGCCUACUAAAGGUGUCUUUUGAUUUCAUUAUAUAAUAAUUAAAGUUUUUGCAUUUUUAAAUUGCCAGUUCAUUUUUUAAGCCUUAUUGAAAACUAAUGAACGUCAAUAACAUAUUCAUUAAUAUUUUUAUCUUUAAAACUCUUAGGAACUUUCAGAAAAUGGUAUCUUUCUAAAUCAAAAUGGAAAUACAGUAUAAACAUGUGGCAUUGUUUAGAAUUUCAGACUGUUAAUAUUGCAUAUGAUUUCUUGAUAGAUUAUGGUGUGCUGGUGUAGACUUGUUUCAUAUUUAUGUUCUGUCAUUCAUGCACUACUAAAUGCAUGUUUUUAAAAUCAAUGCUGCUUGUAAUUAUUUGUUUGGUAUGAGCAUUUCUUAAUUAUUUGUACUGUGGUCAAGAUAGUGUUAAAUGUUUUAGUGUAAUGUUCCAUUGUAUUCAGACGAGAUGCAUUUUGUAAUUACUGUAUUUAGAAAAUUGAAAACUGGCCGUCUCACAAGCUACAAUGGUAAUGUUAUUGAGAGUUUUUAUUUCUUUGUUCUGCAUGCACUUUAGAGUUAUCUGGUACAGUACACCUUGAAAGAAUGGGAAUUGUUCUUCUGGUAAAGAUUUGGAAAAUUAUAUUUAGUUGAAAAUAUUGAGGCCAUACAGUGAGAUCCAACCCACACCCCUGGGUUCCCUUAGGCAUCCAGGAAUGUGUGUGUUCCAUCGUACGGCCUCAAUACUUUCUCAUAAACAGUAUAUUAUAUUUGUGAUUUCAUUGUGCGUAUUUUUAUUAGGGAUGCACCUGGUAGUGUGAUUGCCUUUGCACUGUAGUUUCCAACUUGUCCUCUCAACUAAUUCAUCUCAUUUUGUUUGCUAUGGCCCCAACAUACAUAAUGAAGGGCAGCAUGAAAAGUAGUGGCUUACAAAUAUCCUCAUUUUCUAUCGAUAGGUUAGUUAGAUUAAGUGGGGGGGGGGUCUUGGGUUCGUGCAUUUUAGUACCCCUUAUUUUGUAUGUUGUGGUAAAUCAAGAGAACCGUCAGUCUCUCUACACUUUUGAUUUCUCUUUUAAAUCAGUAACAUAGUCAAAGAUCAUAUAUAAUAUAUUCUGGCUGUUUUACAAAGUGGUAUGUGAUAUUUUUGCCCUGCUUUCAUGAAACCUAGCAUGAAAAUGACUUAAGAAUAGCCUCUGUUUUCAGUAUAUUACUUUAAUGAGACUGUUACAUGCCUGAGUUGGUUUGUAUGUAGUGUAUGCCUUCUGGUUUGUGUCAUGUACGACCACUGGUUUGUGUCAUGUACGUCCUCUGGAUUGUUUGUUGUGUAUGUCCUCUGGUUUGUGUGUCAUGUAUGCCCUCUGGAUUGUGUGCCACGUAUGCCAUUUGGUUUGUCAUGUAUGCCCACUGGUUUGUGUCAUGUAUGCCAUCUGGUUUGUGUGUCAUGUAUGCCAUCUGGUUUGUGUGUCAUGUAUGCCUACUGGUUUGUGUCAUAAAUAUAUUUCAGUUUUAUUGUCAUGUAAUAACUUGAAAGGUGACACCAUAAAUUUUGGAGAAAGAUUUAAUGACAAUUUUGGUGUUGCUUUAGGAAGAACAAUUAACAUUCAUAUACAGUAUGUGUACAAGUAAGUCAUUUCUCGUAUCAGGAACAGUUGAAGGCCACGGGGCUAACAACACUGCAAACCAGGCAUUACAGGGCGGAUCUCAAUGAAAACAUUUCAAAUACUAAACCAGUUAGAGGAUGUUGAUCCAGACAAUUUCUUCAAAAAGGUCAGAUGUAAUAAACCCAUGGAACGCAUGGAUCAGAUGUUAUAAACCCAUGGAACCGCCUACCCACCAAAGCCGUAAGUGAGAAAAUCGUGUUAAGUUUUUAAAUCUACCUGGAAAAGAUCAUCAAGGCAAAUGGGGGGGACCUUUGACAAGCCACGACUUCCUUUCCUCGUCGAGGCUGCUAGUAGCUUGCAUGUUUUAGAAUGCAACUCACAAACUCUUGUUAUAUAAAUACAGAAUUACAGAUUCCUGAGCAUUAAUUUACGUAUUAUGGUGGUCAUUAUCUUUGAACAUGCAGUGUUAGUGCAGAAUUACAGCACUGUACUCAUAAAACCAUAGGAAAUAUUUGACAAUAUUCUGCAUUGUGAAAUGAUUUGAGACUAUUUUUCUUAAUGAAUAACCCCCUAGGAAAGAGAUGGUCAGUGCCAAUGUACAGUGCUUUAAGGAAUCCUGUUCUAUACAGGGAGGGUAUUGUCCUUCAGGACGAGGAUCUUGUCCUAUGAGAGGAGGAUCUUGCCUUACACAAGGAGGAUCUUGUCCUGCACAAGGAGAGCCUUGCCUUACACAAGGAGGAUCUUGUCCUGCACAAGGAGAGCCUUGCCUUACACAAGGAGGAUCUUGUCCUACACAAGGAGAGCCUUGCCUUACACAAGGAGAGCCUUGCCUUACACAAGGAGGAUCUUGUCCUACACAAGGAGAGCCUUGCCUUACACAAGGAGGGUCUUGUCCAAUACAAGGCGAUUCUUGUCCUACACAAGGAGGAUCUUGUCCUACAUUAAGAGGAUUGCCCUACAUAAGGAGGAUUAUCCUACAUAAGGGGAAUCCUGUCCUACACAUGGAGGGUCUUUUCCUACACAAGGGAAAUCGCUGUCCUACAUAAAGAGGAUCUCAUCUUAAAUGAGGAGAACCUUUGUCCUGCACAAGGAGGGUCUUGUCCUACACAAGGAGAACCUUGUCCUAUACAAAGAGGCUCUUGUCCUACACAAGGAGAACCUUGUCCUAUACAAGGAGGAUCUUGUCCUACACAUGGAGAACCUUGUCCUAUACAAAGAGGCUCUUGUCCUACACAAGGAGAACCUUGUCCUAUACAAAGAGGCUCUUGUCCUACACAAGGAGAACCUUGUCCUAUACAAAGAGGCUCUUGUCCUACACAAGGAGAACCUUGUCCUAUACAAAGAGGCUCUUGUCCUACACAUGGAGGAUCUUGUCCUACACAAUUAGAACCUUGUCCUACACAUGGAGGACCCAGUCCUGCACUAGGUAGAUCUUGUCAUUGUUCUGUUAAUUAUAAAAUGUCAUGAAAAUGGGGUCAGCAAUACUGCUUCUAGAGAUGACUGGUAUGUAUUUACCCAUAAUACGCAGAAAUCACAAUAGCGUGAUGCAUCAAAUAAACAAAUCCACAAGGGCCGUGAUGAGGGUUUGAACUUACAUCCGAGAGGAUCAAAGACAAGCCUUAAUCGACUGUGCCACAAUAUGGUAAAAGAAUUCUUUUACCAUAUUGUGACACAGAUGAUUAAGGCGCGUCUGGGAUCCUCUAGGACGUAGGUUCGAACCCUCAUCACGGCCCUUGUGGAUUUGUUUAUUUCCCCAUCAUUUUUAUUUAUGGUGUAGUCUCAAACACCAAGGACAAUGAUAAAGACUAAAAUUAUAAUGUAUAAGGUUGUAAAUGAGGAAAGUGGGUCACCUAUUGCAGUCUCUCCAAGUGUCAGCCAGAUUGGUUUGAAUUGUGGCACAAUCAGUUUUUUUGUGCAAUUUAAUUCUGAUUAAACCAUACUAACAGUUGUUUAUGUAAAUUUUUGUAUCAGUGGCAGCUGUCAAACUGUACCAUCCUUGGCUGUGUACGUUUCAUAUAAUGUAUGCAUCUGCUGUAUUUCUCGUUGGUUUAGGGUUACAACUUAAUGCAUGGGUUUCGAAUUUGUGCCUUUAUUAUUGCAACAUUUGACAUGUGCUAGGACGCAGUCAGAAUUGACAUUGAGGAGUUUGUGAGCCUGUUCUAGGGUGGUUCUGUCUGUAUGUUAGCUGCAUGAAUCACACAUUGGCACUUCUGAUUUGGUUAUCCUGAAAGAUUACAUGUUGUUUAAGACUCUAAUUUCAAUAGAAUGUAUUAGUUGGCAUUUUCAUUGACUGUGUUAUUAUAUGUUAUAGAACCUCUCUAGUUUUAAUUUGAUUUUAGCAUUAUUUAUUAUAUUAAUAGUGCACUACAGUGUACGAAUUAUCAGCGUAGUUUAAAAAACUAUUCAGCUAAUAUAUUUUCACAUCUUGGAAUAAUAGACUACAGUAUUGGUUUUCCAAUUUAGUGAUCAUAAAUGCUGUAUUUCCAGUUUUUUUGUGAUAAAUUAGAACUUUGCAUCAUUGUUAGGUAUAAGUUUUCAAAGUCAGAAAUUUAAAUAUUUUCCUAUUCUCAUUUCCAUAACUUAUGUAUAAAUGCUUUAAUGUUGACUAUGUCUUUACACAAUGAAUUUAUAUGUUCCACUUAUUAUAAUUUCUAUGUUCAAUGAUUUGUUAUACUGUGUAAUAUAUUGUUGAAAUCCUACAAUGCACCUACUGAAUUUGAUAUAUAUGUAGAUAAUUAUAAUUUCAUUACAAAAUGUAUAAUAAUAGGCUCGAGCAUUAACUUGUGGCCCUUACAGCCCGUGAGGACUAUGUCUCUAGUAAGACUGACUGACUUACUGUAGCUGCCACACUUCUUGGACCCCACUUUAGCUCUUGCAGAUUGUUAUUUUAUUUGAUAGGGUCUGGGUAGUACUAUUGGGUUCAUUCUUGACUCAAUUGGUAAUCCAGGGUUCAAAUCCUGAGUGGGACAGAAAUGGUUGGUCACAUUGGGGCAGAAAUGGUUGGCCACGUUAGGACAGAAAUGGUUGACCACGUUAGGACAGAAAUGGUUGACCACGUUGGGACAGAAAUGGACAGCCAAAAUAUAUUAUUAUUAUUUAUCAGGCUUCGACAGUUCCCUCAACCUUCCUCCAGUCUCGUCUUCCCAGUCUACUGGAACUGCUGUCUUUCGGUACUGUAUAUUGAAUAAAUGGGAUCGUGUUUAACUGCAUUGGUUUAUAUUGUUCUGUUGCUCUAAUGCACACAAGGCAACAUUAUCUGUUUUUUCUAGGAUUUUUGAAGCAGUUUCAUUGUAAAUAGGAAACGUUAAACUUACCGCUAGAUAGUUUCUGCAUAAUACAUACUCAUGAGUCACGUGAUCUUCUUAAUCUUCCCGUUAAGUACAAGGCUUCCAUCAUUCAUUAUACUUUUUAGGACCUGAUAAAAGUGUCAUAGUGACAGGUGUUGGCUUAAAUGACACACAUGAAUUUUUGUUUGACUAAAUGUUACUUGUAACAGGUGUUUGGCUAAAUGUUACUUGUAAACAAGUGGUUUUUUUUUCUAAAUGUUACAUCUAAGCAGUUAUUUGUCUGUAUGAUUCAGUUAUUCAGUUAAAUGGCCCAAGUUCUUUAUCUUUAUUCAUGUAAAAGUGAUGCAAAUUUAUUUUUGUCUGAUAUCUUCCAGGCAGACGAACCUGACCUUUUGUAAUUCUGAAAAACAGAAAGAGAACAUUAAAAGUUCUAAGGUUUGCACCACACUGCCAUUUUCCUUAAGGCUGGACAUGUGCUUGUAGCCAUGAUUAUGAAGAUUUUGUCCUAAAGGGUUAUCCCCAUUCAAUUUCGUGAUAUGGUUAAUGUUUCCUUUCUCCAUGAUAACCCUGUUCCAUUUCUUGAGAUGGUUACUGUUCCUUUGCUUGUUCAAGCUGCUAUCUUGUUAAAGCUCCAAGGUACUGAGAUUGUUUGCACUCUACAUUAUUUAGUUAUAGUGGCAUAUCUUGGUUUUAAAAUAUUGGACCGGUUCCCCAACACAAUAUUGGAGUUUAGUGAACACUAUUUUGCUGCUGUGACAUUAGUUACAUAUGAUUACAUAAUUUCUAUAACUCUACCAGCAUAAAACACACGUGAUUAGUUGAAAAAUGUGAUGCACUCUAUUGUAUGAUUAUGUAUGCAGAACAACAAUUGUAUAAUUAUGUAUGCGGAACAACAGUUGUAUAAUUACAUAUGCAGAACAAUAAUUAUAUAAUUAUGUAUGUGAAAUAGUAAUUGUAUGAUUAUUUAUGCAGAGCUAAUUGUAUAAUUAUGUAUAUGGAGCAGUAAUUGUAUAGUUAAGUAUACAGAACGUUAAUUGUAUGAUUAUGUAUACGUAAUGGUGAUUGUAUGACUAUAUGAAACUGUAAUUGUAAGAUUAUGUAUACGGAACAGUAAUUAUAUAUUUAUGCAUGCAGAACAGUAAUUGUAUAAUUAUGUAAUUGUGUCAUUUUGUAUGCAGACUAGUAAUUGUACAGUUCUAUAGUCUAUUUAGGUACUGGCAUGUGAUCCUGUUCAGAAAUGACAUACUGUACUGUAAAUAAUAACAAUUGAUAAUCCAUUUACUUCCAUGUGUGAGCACAGAAAGUGUCCUGUAGUGAGUCUUAUAAGGUUUUAUUAGUGAUCAGGAAAGGUGUGUUUAGUACAAGCUGUAUCUGUUUAAGGUAAAAAAUGGCAACUAUGAGGUAGAAAUGUGAUUUGCUGUAAUUAACAAGCUGACCACAUGAACCCCUUCUAAUUAUGCUUUUGAUGGGCAUUGUCUCUGCAGUAAGCUGUAAUCCUGUUUGUUUUGGAGAAUGGUAUACAGUAUUCUGUAUGGACUCGUCACCUAUAAGCAUUAUAUACUUUGUAAUAGGGGGAAUAUACAAAAAGUUUAGUGUGUGAUACUCUUUUUGAAUAAUUGAAAAUUAAAUAGCUUUCUAAUCUGUCAAAGGACCUUUGUUUUGUGAUAGAUAAUAUGAUCAUUUAAAUACUUAGGGAACACUUUGUAAUAAUUUAUUAAUAUUGAGUAACUGUGGUUACAUUCUCUUUCUCUCUUGCCCUCAUCAUCAGUCGUCAUCUCUCUCAUCGUCAUUCACCAUCGUCAUUUCUUGCUCUCAUCAUUUCUUACCCUUAUCGUAUAUCAUCUGUUUCUUUCAUCAGUACAGUAUCUCACUCUGAGAACUGUUGCCUUCCAUAAUAUGUACUGUGGUGUAUUGCUUCAGCUUACAGUGGGUGAGGAAGGGUUACUUUCCUUAUUGUAGAAUAAGGGAUAUAGUCCUUAAGAAAACUCGGACUCCUGCUCAAAGUUGUGGAUCGUGGAUUUUUCUGGCUACUACUGUUGGUUAAUAUUAAUGUGUUGAUAUUGUUGAUGAAUUUGCCUUAAUAGUCUAUUAAAAAAAAGGUAACAAGUUCAUAGUAUUUAUCUUGUAUUUAUGUAUAUAUUAAAAUGCAAAUUAAACUUGCUAUGAGCAUUAUUGAAGUUUAUUUUCAACACUGCAAUUAAUAUGCAGGAGUUCUUCAUAGUUAGCCAGGGGGUUUCUCGCACAAAAAGUAACGGGGACUGGGCACUGCGUUGCCCUUCGUAAAAAUUAUAUACUGUACUACACUUCCUGGUGGUGGGCCCUGAAGCCUUAACUUGAUAAUAGCUGCAAUAAUUACAAUCAUAUGUACAUAAA